AAAAUAUAGCUUUGCCCCGAGUACUACCGACGAGACCUUGAUCGCCCCUCGGUUUUUUGCUCGUCACAUCCUCCGUUAUCGAAUCCUCCAAAUCUUCGAUUCCGGAGUCCGAUCGACGAAUAAGUGUUAGCUAAAUCCUAAAUCCUUGAAUGCGAGAACCCCGCGUCUCCCCGCUUUCGGUUUUUAUACAAUGGGCGCGAGCAGGAAGCUGCAGGGCGAGAUCGAUCGAGUACUGAAGAAGGUACAGGAAGGCGUCGACGUCUUCGAUAGCAUUUGGAACAAGGUUUAUGAUACGGAGAAUGUGAACCAGAAGGAGAAGUUCGAGGCGGACUUGAAGAAGGAAAUCAAGAAGCUGCAGCGGUAUCGUGAUCAGAUCAAGACAUGGAUUCAGUCGAGCGAGAUAAAGGAUAAAAAGGUUAGUGCCUCUUAUGAGCAGGCUCUCAUGGAUGCUCGCAAGCUCAUUGAACGUGAAAUGGAAAGAUUCAAGGUUUGCGAAAAAGAGACAAAGACAAAAGCAUUUUCCAAGGAAGGUUUAGGCCAGCAACCGAAGACAGAUCCAAAAGAGAAGGCCAAAUCAGAAACGAGGGACUGGCUCAACAAUGUGGUUGGAGAUUUGGAGACUCAAAUUGACCACUUUGAAGCUGAAAUGGAAGGGCUCUCUGUCAAGAAAGGGAAAACAAGGCCACCUCGCCUGACACAUCUGGAGACAUCCAUCACCAGGCACAAAGCUCAUGUUAUGAAGUCGGAGUUGAUUUUGAGACUGUUGGACAAUGAUGAGUUGAGUCCUGAUCAGGUUAAUGAUGUCAAAGACUUUCUUGAAGAUUAUGUUGAACGUAAUCAGGAGGAUUUUGAUGAAUUUAGUGACGUUGAUGAACUUUACGUCUCUCUACCACUUGAUAAGGUAGAAGCACUGGAAGAUCUUGUUUCGCUUGGUCCUUCCAGUCUUACUAAGAUCGCUUUGUCAUCGGCAGAGUCACAACACACAUUUCAGGAUCAAGGUGAAGAUGCAGUUCCUCAGGAAAGUAAUUCUGAUGCCACAUCAAAAACUCUACCUUCAACCAUGUCUUUGGCACCAACACUCCUUCCAGCUAAUAGUUCUGGGGUAUCUGUGGUCCCUACUUCAGCUGUGAGUGCUAGCAUUCCUGUACAUCCAUCCACUUCUGCACCAACAGCUUCAGUUUUACUUUCUGGUCCACCAAGUGCAAAAAGUGUUACAGAGAGCUCUGUUGCUGUCUCUUCGUCCCUUCCCUCAGCCAACUCAGUGAGGGAGGAAGAUACAACCUUCCCUGGGCGAAGGCCUUCACCAGCCAUCCCAGAAAUUGUAGGGAAAGGUAUUAGCAGAGGGAUAUCUAACCCUGCAUCAAUCAGUACUAACAUGGCUUUCAGUUCAGCCAGUGCAAUAUCUGAAAAUGUUACUGUUGGUUCUGUUCCAGCAUUAUCUGAUAUAUCUAAGCCUAACUCUUUAAAUGUCGACGAGAGAAUUGGAAGUGAACUUGCACAGCCAUUGGUUUCUCCUAUAAAUAACAGAAUCCUAUUGCAAUCAUUGCCCAAAACAAAUGAUGGAACUAGUUCAAAUGAUUCUAAUAAUGUGGGAGAGACUCCUAUUUCAGGAGGAAGAGUCUUUUCACCUUCUUUAGUCCCUGGAGUUCAAUGGAGAGCUCAAGGUGCAGCUUUUCAGAAUGCAAAUGAAAGUGGUCAAUUUCGGGGGCGACCUGAGAUUGCUCCUGAUCAGAGGGAGAAAUUUUUACAAAGGCUCCAACAAGUGCAACAAGGUCACAGUAACCUUCUCAAUGUGUCACAUAUCUCUGGUGCCAACCACAAACAGUUUACUACACAACAGCAGAGCUCCCUUUUGCAACAGUUUAGUCCUCAAAAUGCUCCUGUUGCACCUCAUAUUACCCUAGGACUUGGAGUUCACGGAGCAGGUUUUGGUUCAGUUUCACCACAACAGCAACCAACUAUUCUUCAGCAGUCCUCUCAACACCCUGCAGUAUCAAGUGGAAUGAAAGAUGGAGAUGCUGCACAUGCAAAUGCAAAUGCAGAAGACCAGCAACAACAGUGGCAUAAUAUGUCGGAAGACCUGAUCACAGAUCCUAUCUCAAGUCCCAGUCUCAACAAGAUCAUAGGUGAUGAUGAUCUGAAGACAUCAUACACAGGUACAGGUCCUGCCUCUGCGGCUGAAAGUAGCCAAUUGUCUAGAGAGAAUGAAAUGUCACUUGGCCAACCAUUACAAGCUGGUCAAUCCUCAGCCAGCCUUGGUGUUAUUGGUAGAAGAAGUGCACUAGAUCUUGGUGCUAUUGGUGACAACAUUAAUGGCUUAGCUGGAAAUUCUGGUGGAAUGCAUGAUCAAAUAUAUAACUUGCAGAUGCUUGAAGCUGCAUAUUAUAAACUCCCACAGUCUAGGGACUCAGAACGUGCAAAAACCUAUGUUCCUAGGCAUCCUGCAAUUACACCUGCCAGUUAUCCUCAGACUCAAGCACCCAUAAUCGAUAAUCCUGCCUUUUGGGAACGAUCGGGUCUUGAUCCAAUGGGCACCGAUGCCUUGUUUUUUGCAUUUUACUAUCAACAGAACACUCCUCAGCAGUACUUAGCUGCUCGAGAAUUGAAGAGGCAGUUCUGGAGAUUUCACAAGAAAUUUAAUACAUGGUUUCAGCGGCAUGAGGAGCCAAAAGUAACUAAUGAUAACUUUGAAAGAGGAAACUAUGUCUACUUUGAUUUUCAUAUCGCCAAUGAUGGCUCACAGCAUGGAUGGUGCCAGCGGAUUAAAACUGAUUUCACCUUUGAAUACGAUUUCCUUGAGGAUGAACUCGUCGUAUGAACUUGCUAAAUGCUAAAGAAGAUGAAAGGAAAAUGGCCAUUCUGUUAUUCCAAUUCUUUAAAUUUGAUUCUCUUCGCAGAUGAGUUUUCGAUACCCUGAGCAUAACUUUAGCGUAUGUUGAUGAUGUCGAGUAACCUUGCAUCGACGCUUCAGUUUUUGAAGAAAAAAUUGAAUUUAUGUUGCAUAUGUUACUUUACAAUCCAUUUUGUUUCUAAUUUGCUUGUGUGUGUAUAUAUAUAUACAUAGGGUAAUUUUUAAAAUGCUCAGCUUUUAUAAAGUAACUCUAGAAAUUUAGAAGAGUAAAA